UCCCAGAAGCCUCAGCCGUGUUGGCCAAUAGUCUGGGAUUCCGGGAGAUUAAAUCCAAAAUCCCCUUAAAGGGCAUAGUUUCGUCUUGGAGACGUUUUGAACUUCAGCCCCCAGAGUUCCUGACCGUUGGCCACGUUGGCUAAGGCUUCUGGGAGUCGAAGUCCCAAAAAAACAUGGCGGACUAAUGUUUGGGAAUAACUGCUGUAACGUCUACGUCCGGGCUUCUCGCUAGGCUGAUAGGCUCCUCCCCCUUUCCAUUCUCUAGCCGCUAACCUUAGCCCUGAUGUAGCCCCGCCUACUCGGGGCUUCUCGCUAUGCUGAUAGGCUGAGGGCCUACAGAUAUUUGCAUAAAUUGAGAGUGGAACCCAGGCGUUCUUUCCAAAGGGGUGGGAAAACAGCCUGGCCCGUUGUCAUAGCAACCAGAAACCAAGCGUUGCUCUGCAAAGGGACAGUUACAGGUGCAGAGAUGUAUAAAGUGGACGUUCAGGCGGACGCCAAAGAGGCAGCUGCCAUCGAAGCCCGCAGGAAUCGAGAGAAGGAAAGACGGAGCCGCAUCUUUAAUGCUCGCUUCCGCAAGAUGGGGGUGGAUGUUGAAGGCUUGAAAAGACAGGUGGAAGAACGAAAACUCAGAGAGAAUGCAGAGAAACAACGAGAUGAAGCUUUUGAUGUAGACAGGGUCCAGUGUGACAAGAUCGCACAGAUGUUGGACGAAGAGGAGCGCCAACACAGAAAGCAGUUGCACCAGGCCAUGGUGGAGUUUUGGGAGAAGGAGCAGCAGCCCUCCAUGCGCCGGGAGUGGGACCUUCAAGACCCUGACGCAGCCCACAAAGAGCUCCCAGCCCGUGUGAGUGAUGAUGACCCCCGCUGCGGCCCUUCUAGCAUGCAGCGCUUUGCUGGGGAGGACCUGAAUACUAAAGCCCAGCGCAAACUGCAGAAAGAGCAGCGCAAACAAACGCUGGAGGAGCAGAGAGCUGAACGGGAAAAGAACCUUAAAGACCAAAAAUACGCAGAUACCCUGGAUGACAAAAAAAGGGUAGAGCUGGACCAGAGAGCCCUGGAGCUGGCACGUUUGGAGGAGGAAUGUCGCAAGGCCAAAGCCAUGGCAUUAGCAGACUUUAAUCGAGCCCAGGCUGCUGAAGUUGCUGAACAGCAGCGCCUUGCCCGCCAGCGAGAGCAGGAUGACAACUAUGCAGAGAUCCACAACCAUCUGACCAGCAACCUCCUGAUGGAAACUCCUGACAUAGCUCAAAGUGCAAUGGGGGCAGACCGCGUGAUCACCAGUAGCUGGAAAGGGAUGACCACUGCCCAGCUGAAGGCUGUGUUGAAGACGCAGGAGGAACAGUGCAAGGAGAACAAGAGGCUGCGAGAAGAAGAACGGCAGCGGGAUGCUGAGUGGGAUCGGCAGCGGCAGUUGGCUGAUCGCGCUGCCAUGCAGAUGGAAGUUCAGGAACAAAAUUUGCGCCUGCAGUUGAGGAAGAACUUGGAUGGCUACAACCAGGAGUUGGCAGAGGCACAGAAGGCAAACUUGCAGUAUCUGGAGAAAGAAGUCUACACCAACACACCCACAGCCCAGUAUCACUUGCAGUUUAACACAAGCAGCCGCUGACCGAACCAUCUACAAGAGUGAAGUUUCUGGAAUCGACAAAUUUUUGUAGCAGACAACGGGAGCCCUCUGGUGGCUGUACAUAGAGAUACAAGGGAAACACAAGUAUUGCUCUCCAAGGACCAUGAACAAAGUCCAAUUUGGACUAAUUUAUAUCUUAUCAGGGGGAGCCUUUUUAACUGGUGGGGUGGUUUUCUGUUUGGACACCUGCACAGGUAUAAAUAUUGUUCAGCUCACAAGACAAGCUGCUUUGUACAAA